GGGAAAUGGGAGCAUGUGUAGAAGACACAGAGUUGGGUUUAUAGGGAUUGAAAGGAAGACAACAGUUUCAACUCGUACAAGAACACUGAGGAUGAGGGGAGAGUCUUGUGGCAGUGACAGGAAAAAGUAUGAGCAGAAUCUGCACAUUUACUGCAAUGAUGGGAGUGCAUUGAUCUCAACAAUGCUCCUGUGGUGAUUAGGGAGAGAGUAUUUUUUCUUAAGGAGGAUAUGAUGUGCUCUACAAGAUGACAGGUACACUUGCACCGCAAAAACAAGCACUGUGGAUUCGUUGUGUGGUUUUGAUCACUGCAGUUGGAGCCUUCCACCUUCCAGAGGACAUUUCUUGUCCAAAAGGAGGUCAGAUCCACCUGCCCAGCCGGCGAUGCUAUUGGCUCUCUGAGAUGACAUCUUCAUGGUUUGAGGCACAGGAUUCAUGCAGAGAGACUCAGGGAGGAGAUCUGGCUUCUGCUCACAGCCUGGAGCUGCAAAACCUCAUCCACUACUCCUUUCCAGUGAAAACCACUGUGUGGGUAUGGCUGAAGGGAUCGGGGGGAGAUGGGUCUGACCAGGUUGGGGAUGUGGAGCCAGUAAGUCCUGCAUGGUGGGCCGGAGGCAGUGAAAGUCAGGGGGGGUGUACUCAGAUGGCCUUGGGGACACAGGGACGGUGGAGGAAGACUCAAUGUGCUGGACGAUACCUCUUCCUCUGUGAAAAAGAAGUAACUGAAUCUUUACCAUCUGUGGACAGUUACCUGAUUGGACUGGUUCUCAUGACCGGCAUCUAUGCUCAGACCCAGAUACACCCCUUUCCCAAUGUCCCAGACAUCGGUCAGCUCACAGUGGAGAUGCAGCUGUUCCCAGGGAUGUGGUUCAGUCAUGCAGGUCAGUUGGUAUCAGUGGAGUUGGUUGUCCAGCCCAGCCCAGUGUCCUCUCUGGCCCGUGUCCAGAUCCUCCGACCCUACUGCAACCCCAACCACCACCUGGUACCUCCAGGUUGCAGCUCUCUCCUUAAUCCAUUCACCUGCUGCUCAGCAGUACCACUGUGUAACACCACAGGGGGCUGCAGCAUGGGCCAGUACUGGUGCCAUCUGCUGGAGGCCUGUGUGAGCCACACCGCUCCCUGCAGCCCCUACGACUCUGCAGCAAGGGGCCGUGGCUUUGCUUUACCUCCCAGAUACCCUGCAAUACCACCUUUCUACCACCUGGUGGCAGACCUGCCUCUGAGACUAAACCCUAGCUCUGAACUAAAAACAAUAAGCCUGCUUCUUCCAGAUCGAGCGAUCAUGGUGUACCCUGAUGAUAUUGUGGCUAUACAACACACUCGCAACUCUGGAACAUUCCUACAUUGCCUGAACAGUGAAGCUUCUCUAAACUCCCCUUGGCGCCAGAGUUACAUGUCCCUUAGAGGGAUGGAAUGGGGAGGCUGGUGGGAGGGAGGCCUCACUUCCCUGCCCCAAAGAGGCCAGUGGGUGGAUGGGGUGGUGUGUGAUCUGAGGAUGCUGUACAUGGACAAUCUUCACACAGGUACUGAGCAUGAUGAUAACUUUGGCUUCACCCACAGAGAGACAACCACAGCUCCAGAUAUUUGGGCCCUGACAACUGGUCUUACUCCAAGUCUGAGGUCUGAAUAUGGGCUUGAUGUCAUCCACCCCCUGCCAGAUGAAAAGAAUCAGAUUCAUGUCCAAAUCAACGUCCCAACACUCAUUGUUGUCAAGGUCCUGUUUGGAGAGAAAGCCAGGAGCUCAUGGUCAGGUCCAGUUCUCCAGACUGGGGUCCCCUUCCUUCCAUCUUGCCCUGAAGAGGUAGCUCAGUCUUGGCCUGGCUGUAAGAGACAGUCCCACGAUGCCUGGUUCUCCUCUGUGACUGUGGAGUUGCCCUCAGUGGGGGUUCAAACGCUGAACAUCAGUGUGAUGGAUAUAGUAGGCUCUCAGAGUGUGAGUGUGAGGGUUUGUGGCUACGAGGCAGUGAAAGGGCUUAGUAUUGAGCCACAUGGAUGCCUGAGGAUGCUUGUAGAGACUCCACAGUCAUUUAUAGCCAAGGUGGAGAGUGGUUCCUCAGUCAAAUUCACAUGGGUGAUUGACAACCUGGAGACGUUUGCCCAUGAAGGAGAAUCUUACAGUGUAGUGUUCAAGAAACCUGCUGAGUAUAAGCUCAGGGUGACAGCUUCCAACCCUGUGAGCUCUCAAAGCCAGCAAAUCCUCCUGACUGCUGAUGAAAUGACCCCACUGGCUGGGCCAGAGUUUCUGUUAGUCAGGGAGGUCGUAGCUGUGGAUGCUACACACCUCUACACCCUCAGGGUCAAAGUGGACAUCUCCCUGCCAGUCACGUUCAGAUGGGAUUUUGGGGAUGGCAGUAGCAAAGUGAUACACACCAAGUCUGCUCCAUGUCAGAACAUGGAAAGGCUUAUGGCAAGAGGAGAGAAGCAAGUGUAUAUCCAUGAUUCGGUGAACUAUACGUAUUCCAUCUCAGAUGACUACACACUUCAUGUCCAAGUCUCCAACCAAUAUGACAACACUGAUGCGUCCAUGAAGAUAAGCGCCCGCCCUCAAUUAAAUCACCUCCUCAUUUCCUCUUCGCUUCCCAUGCCCCUCGUCAAACAGACUCUCCUUCUGGAAGCUUCCGCAGAGCCCUCCUCCUAUGCUGUCAUCUACACAUGGGACUUUGGUGAUGGCUCCGAAGCUGUCCAAGGUAUCCACCGUAAAGUCAGCCACACUUUUACUUCUGCAGGGGUUUAUAACAUCACAGUGUGUGCUAACAACACUCUUGCAGUCCUGACCACAUGGCUCAUGUUGGAAGUUAUGGAGAAAAUCUCUGGAUUAAUGUUCAACUACAACGGACCCAGUGAACUAAGCUCUGUUACAGAUUUCAGAGCUACAGUGGCCACGGGUACGAGUCUCAUGUGGAAUUUUGUCUUUGGUGAUGGGUCCCUGCAGGGAAACCUUACAAAUGGUUCAAUCUCCCACAUCUAUAAGUCGCCAGGGAACUAUACAGUCAGUUUAACUGUCUCAAAUUCUGUCAGCCAAGCUCAUCAGUCUAUCAGUGUAGAGGUCUAUAGGUUGACUAUUAGCGGAGUUCUCCCUACAGAAUGUCACAUGAGUGAAAGAGACAUACAGCUUACAGCUCUGGUUAAUGGGAACAUAUCCAAAAUGACUUUCCAUUGGCUCUUUGGAGAUGGAUCACCUCUGACUGUAGUGAGGGGACAGUCAACAGUCAUGCACAAAUAUCAAAGCCCAGGGAUUUUUCAUAUUAGUCUGACUGUGUUUAGUUCUGUUACAUCUGUGUUAUUUAAUACGAGUAUCUGUGUCGAAGCACCAAUAACCAACAUGACAGUGCAGUCAUCACAGGAAGUAGUGGCAGUAGGAGAAGAGGUAUGCUUCAGGGUGUUAGUUUCCCCUGAACGGAUGAUAGGUUACCAAUUUAAGUGGUUUAGAAGGCCCUCUAGUCUCAUUGCCAUGACAGAAAAUGCUCAAAAGUGUUUCAGCUUUAAAGAAGAAGGUGUUGAAGAAGUAUCAGUAACGGCAAGUAACAAAGUCAACAACAAAACAGCCAAAGCUAGUAUCACCAUUCAAAACCCUGUAAGUGAGCUGUCUGUGGCGCAUGAUAGUCAAAAUGACACACUGAUGGUCAAUACAUUAGCAUCAUUUUGGGUUGCUAGUUGCACUGGCAGCAAUGUGUCAGUGCUGUGGGACUUUGGAGAUGGCUCUCCGGUGGAGCAGAAGCAAAAUGUGUCACAUGUCUUUACCUCGACGGGUCAGUUCACAGUCACCACCACAGCAUUUAACGCUGUUAGCCGUGAUUCUGUGACCAUUAAAGUGAAUGUUUUACUUCCUGUUUCAGACCUUUCACUUCACACCAACCAGCCUUAUGCUGUAGUUGGAGAAGAAACUCUUAUCUCAGCAAUUAGCAGUGCUAUCAGUAGCAGCAACUACUACUGGACUGUGGACGGUGUGACCUCAACCAAACAGGGUACUUAUCAGUUUAGAUUUGCUUUCCUGAAACCAGGAGUGUAUCAAGUGAGGGUUAUAGCACAGAACUUGUUGAUUAGAAAAGAGGCAGCUAUUUUAAUUGAGGUCUUUGAAAGAAUAGAGGGUCUUCAGAUUGAAUGUCAGAACCUGACAAACAUGAAAUACAUACCAACCCAAGAGGAACUGCCGUUUAUUGCUUCAAUCACCAAGGGCUCCAAUGUCACUUAUCACUGGCUUGCAACACAGAGCGAAAUAAACCGACAAAUUACUGGUGAUGGAGAGCUUUUUCACAUGUUAGCUGAAGCUCCUGGUGGGAUUUCAGUUCAGCUAAGAGCUUUUAAUAAAUUGGGUGAGGUCACCAGCAUUGUUUCUUUAGUGGCAGUACAGCGUGUAACAAGUCCACACAUUACAACACAAUCAAGCAUUGUGGCAUUAGGGAAAGUAGUGAAUAUCUCUGUAUCCGUGGUUACAGGAUCAGACCUACAGUACCUUUGGUAUAUGAAAUCUGAUCUUUCACCCCUGCGGACACAUGCACCCUUUCUUCUCCACACUUUUACAAGUUUGGGCAACUGUCUCCUCAAAGUUUCAGUUCAGAAUGUCCUCAGCCACAGCAAUGUCACCAAAGACUUUAACGUUCAGGAGGAGGUCCAAGAGGUGGACUUUGAAAUUGAAGGAAAGAUGCAUCCAUUUUAUAUCACCACAAGUGCUGCCGUUCCAUUCCAUGGCCUCAUUCGGAAGGGUAGUGAUCUGCACUGGAACUGGAAAGUUAGAGAUGUCAAAACCAUGCUUUUUAAUGCCAGUAAUCAGACCUUUGUCUACAUUUUUCCACAUGCAGGCAUCUAUCAGGUGUUUUUGAAUGUCUCCAAUGGUAUAAAUUGGCAGAUGGUUUCACACAGUGUCACAGUCCAGGAUGCAAUCAAAAGUCUAAUGCUGAACAUUUCCAAGUCUUCUUUCUGCACCGAGGAACAAGUUAGUUUUAUUCCAACAAUCUCCAAAGGAAGCAAUGUAAGCUUUGUUAUAACAUUUAGAAGCAAAGAUUGGAUUCAUAGUCAGGGCAUUCUCGAAGGGCGGUUCACCACAUCAAGCCUUCCAGCAGGGACACAUCUAGUUACAGUGAAAGCAUGGAACCAGGUCAGUAGUGCCAAGGUGUCUUCCAGUAUUCUGGUCAUUGAGCAUAUUCAAGGUUUGCGACUUCUGAACUGUUGUUCUGUUCCUCUGGAGGCUCUGAAAGGAAUCCAGUUCAAGGCAGAAAUUCGAAGUGGACUUCCAGUCAACUACACCUGGAUAUUUCACUUGGUGGGGUCUGAGCCCACAUGGCUCAUGGGACAAGAAGUGAUCUUUACUUCACCAGAGAGUGGUUUAUUGUCUGUUAGCGUGCUAGCCACCAAUGGAGUCUGUUCCAAGACACUAAAUGAUACUGCUACAGUUCAGUGGCCUGUUAAGAAGGUCAAGCUUGUCUGUCAUUCAGAAAGAAUAUUUGUUGGGCAUUCUGUCACGUUUUCUGCAAAAGCAAAUGGAGGGAGCAAUCUCAGAUACCUCUGGGACUUUGGAGACUCCACUGAAGCAUUGGUGACUGACUUAAGCACAGUCAAUCAUACUUAUUAUACUCCUGGGAAAUACAGUGUUAUGGUUAAAGUUCUCAACAGUGUCAGCCACGUAUCCACACAGUUACACAUGGAGGUGGAGGAGCCCCAGUGUUCCAGCCCUCAAGCUUCUCUUGUCCAGAGCCACUCUACUAUCUUCAGGUCUAGACCGAGUUUCUUUGAAGCAAAUGUGGACAUUAACUGCUCUGCUUACAAAACCACAUACCUAUGGGAGAUACUCAAAGAGUCAGAUUGUACCAAUGCCAAGUUAAAAUUAUCAGGGAACAAAGUCAUUCUUAGAAGUCAGGUAGAUGCAACUUCAACUUUUCUCUUACUCCCAAAGCACACUCUCGAUAUGGGACAGUAUUUCCUGGUAUUCACCGUUUCACUCCAGGGAACUCCUCUACUUGUCCAACGAAAAACCAGUGUUACAGUAGUCCACUCCCCACUGGUAGCUGUCAUCAAGGGAGGCUCACACAGACUGUGGCCCAGCCUUAGUGACCUCAUCCUGGACGGAUCUGAGUCCCAAGACCCUGACGUAGAGCCAGGAGUGGAGGAUACACUGCAGUAUCACUGGACCUUCAUGACAGUGAACUCAACAGAGUCUCAUUUUGUAAAGCAGCUCAUUGGGAGUAGCAGCAGUAGAAUGAUUGUACUCAGCACCCAGCUGCACUCAGGCACAGUCUACGUUUUCACCCUAACUGUACACAAGGCAGGGAGAAGACCUGCCUCUGUCAACCAGACAGUGACUGUGUGUGAAGCUCCUGUGCUUCCUGUAACUGUGGAAUGUGUGUCCUGUUCUGUGUUGUCCUCCCCUCACCACAUUAGUUACACCACCCCCAUUAUCCUCUCUGGACAGUGUGGACAGUGUGACGACCAGGCUCAGUACAAAUGGAAUGCUGAGGACCAGACUGGCAUGACCCUUCACCUUAACAAGGUCGCCACCUCGACAGGGAGACAUUCUCCUAACUUGGUGGUGCGUUCAGGUGUCCUGCAGCCUGGGCAGAGUUAUACCUUCACUCUCAAUGUAUCCCAGCCUGGCAGAGGGCAGUGGGGCAGUGCCAGCCUGACGAUACUACCUAACAAUCCGCCACGAGGUGGCCUGUGUGAUCUCAGUCCAGAGUCAGAUAUACGUCUGCUGGAGACAGUGGUCACCUACAACUGCUCAGGGUGGCAAGAUGAUGAAAGCAGGGCCUCUCAGCUGAUCUAUACCUUCCAGGUAGCAUCAUGCCAGACCAUUGGCAUGAUGUGCCCCCUGCUCACUCUGUACAGGGGUACUCGUUCAACAUUUGGCAGCCUCGUUCCAAUGGGAAGUCCUGGGCAUGAACGAGGCAUGUCAGUUAUCACAGUUACAUUGCUGAUAGAGGACCAUCUGGGGGCAAAGGUCAUUGCUCUGAACAGAAUGUUGACAGUUGAAAAUCCUGCAAGGGACGAAGUUGCCAGUCAGUGGCUCAGAAAAAAGAGCCAGACAGAGCUGUGGGCUUUAGUCCAACAUGGCAACCCUCAAGAGAUCAUCCCUUAUUCCAUUGCUCUCACUAGCCAGCUCAAUCAGAUGGAGUCUGGACAGACUGCCAGGGAGCUCAUGGACAGAAGGGAGAUCCGGGAAAAUGUGACCCAAGCCCUGGCCUCUCUUCCCAUGUCAUCCUUGCUGGAUGUUGAUCAGAUCAGCUCCGCAUUGUCACAGUCUACUGCUGUUUCUAGUGAAUUGGUAUGUGAAAACUGUCAGGAGAAGGUUCUGGAAGCUGUGGGGAAGAUGAUCCAUAUAAUGAAGGAACAGAUGAGUCCUGGUGUUUUGUCAGCUGUUGAAAUAGGAAGGAACAUCCUUAACAUCAUAGGUAGCACCCUGGCUGCUGUGUCUGAGUCUGUCAGUGCUUCCAGUUCUCACCCAGCCUACUCAGGCACUCUGCACGCUUCCACAGUCGCCCGGUCAGCACUGGGUCACGCAGGGGCCCUAAUGCGCUCUCUGAUGCAUGCACGUGUUCAUGGUGAAGCACCCCUUUCGCUCUCCACUCCUUAUAUCAACACAGUGGGUUUCCAAGGAGACCCCUCUGACCUCCUCUGCACUCACCAGUCCAACCAAAACCAGAUCAUCCCCUCUCAGUCAUCAUCAACUGACCAAUCGAAGAGUUCUCACUGUCAGUUUCAUAUCCCCGCCUCCCUUACUGCUCACCUGAAGAGUCAGAAGUCUGAGGUGGUGCAGGUUCUGUUUGGUAUGGAUGCAGAAUUGGGAUCCAACCCUUUGCUUACUGCAGCCAACCCUCCAAUCUCCACUACUCUUGUUGCCAUGGAGCUCACCACACCUCAGGGCCAGCCCAUACCCAUCCAGGACCUGGACCCUGAACAGGCCAUACAGGUCACCCUGCCCAACAAGUACCCUUUGGGACAGGACGAUGGGGGUGGAGAUGGGAGGGUAGGUGAAGCCGGGAAUGGGACAUGUCUUACUGUAACACUCCCCAUGGAAGGAAGGUUGAACCUCACAGUAAAAGCUGUGGAUGGACUAGAUAAAAAUGCAGGUUUAUAUAUCUCCUUCAACUUCAGCCUGGACCCAGGCACUACUCCAGUGAGUCUGGGACAUGUCAAGAUAGAAGUGAGCUCUACAGUGCCAGGGACUAAUGCAUCCCAGAAUUCCCUAGUGAAAAAGUGGGCUCUCACUCUUUCUGCUUCGACCACCUCCACAGAGGAAACCAUCUUUCUGUCUCCACUUUUGAACGGGACAGACAAGCCUCUCUCUGUCAGCCUGACCUCAUCUUUGGUCGACAGCGGUCCUGUCCAUGUGUCGGCGUGUGUGUUCAGCUCUCUGUGCCAGUACUACAGUGUGAAGCAGAGGCGUUGGAGCAGUGAGGGUCUACAGCCACUGGAGGGCAGCACACUCCACGCAGCACACUGUCUCACCCAGCACCUCACCAUGUUUGGGGCCAGUUUGUUUGUUCAUCCUGGGGCUGUUGUUCUGCUGUCACCGUCAGGCGGUCCCAUGCGCAACAUGGUGGUGGGGAUUGUGUGUGCUGUCCUGGUUCUGAUUCACCUGCUGGUGGGGCUCAUCGCCCAUAAAUUGGACCACUUGGACAGCUUAAGACUGAGCCAGGUCCCUCUGUGUGGCCGACCGGGGCUAUAUCAUUACAGAGUGCUGGUCAAGACUGGCUGGCGGCAAGGAGCAGGUCAGCCAAGGACAAGUCAACACGAUGUAGAAGUGAAAAGCACCACAGCACAUGUUGGCAUCAGUCUGUAUGGUGUGAACAAGAGCGGCUCUCGCCAUCUGCAGAGGGAUGGAGCUUUUCAGCGUGGCAGCCUGGACCAGUUUCACCUGGAGACAGAUGACAACCUGGGAGAAGUUUGGAAAAUACGCAUCUGGCACGAUAACACAGGUCUGGACCCGUCCUGGUACAUUCAGCAUGUGGUGGUUUGGGACCCUCAGACAGACCACAUGUUCUUCUUCCAGCUGGAGGACUGGCUCUCUGUGGAGAAUCAGAAGAACGGCUCUGUGGAGAAAGAAGUUCUAGCCUCAUGUCCCGAGGAGCUUUCUCAGUUUCGACGGGUCUUCACCUCCCAGCUGAUGUUCGGGAUGGUUGAGCACCACCUGUGGCUGUCGCUGUGGGAACGCCCUGCCCACAGCCGUUUCACCAGGGGUCAGAGGGUUACAUGCAGUGCCCUCAUGCUGCACCUCUACCUGGCACUGGGGGCUCUGUGGUACGGGGCUGUUGGCGCCGAGGGGCACAGUGGACCGGUUUCCGCCCAGCUGCUGGUUUACGCGGAGACAGUUGCCGCGGGGAUGACUAUUGCGGUACUGGUGUUUCCUCUCCAGUGUUUCCUCUGUUUCCUGUUUAGAAAAACUCACAGUCAGGUAACCGUGGACAUUUCAGUUCCUCCUUCUCCUGUUUGUCACUCUGUGGAGAUGGAUGUCUACCUCGGCCAAUCGAAGCUCUCCGGCCCUUCCUUCCUGUCUCUCCCAGACUCCACCGUCCCAGUCCGGGACAGUCCUUCAUCUUUACUGGAGAGCAAGGCGUUUGACUCCAGUAUUCUGGACUUUUGGGCUGCGUCUGGCUUGGCACCCCAGACACAUGGAGCAUGUCAAAGGGAGGGUGUAGGGACAUGGCCUUCCUGCAACAGCCUCCUCAAUCUACCAGUAGGUCCUUACCUCACCAAGAUGACCCCAGCCCCCAACCUCUGCAAGGCUUCACCUGCUCUUGGCCCGAUACGCCAGCUGAGAAGAAAAAAGGCCCUGAUGCAGCUCCGCCUGGCCUCCCCCUCCUCCACCGGCUCAUCUAGUGCUCUUCUCUCUCCCUUUUGCACAUAUCCCCUUUCAAAAGACAUCUCCAGUUCUCACCAAUCCCCUGCUGCACCUGGCCAAAAGGUCUCCACCAGGAACACCAACUUAGUGCAAGCUCAUAACCACAAUCUGACAACACUUCUGACUCUGUCUGAGGAGGAUCUGCUGAUGUCUAUAGCAGCAGCAGCAGAGGACACAGCAGAUAUAAGUAACAGCAACUCAGACAGCGGCCGGGAUUCCCCUAGAACCACAUCCUCACUCUCAACCACCAGCAGCUGGUCAGAGCAGAGUGACGAUAAGUCCCUGUAUGGUGCAGAGAGCCACAAGCCAGAUCCACAGUCCUGUCCCUCCCACUACGGGGCAGGACUCUACAAGUGUCCCUCUGUGCUAUCUGUAGACUCCGUGGCCAGCACCUUCCUGCCGAGCCCUUCUCCUGACUCCACACGCUCCUCCUCCACCACACGCAUAGGUGUUGCUCGAGGUCAGCCCAGCUGGCUGCUCCCUCCCUGGGCACUGUGUGUGAUUUACCCCCUGGUGGCUCUGCUGCUAGGGGCCUGCCUGACUGUGGUCGGACUUUACGGCAGCUUCUUGUCUAGAACAGUAGUCCUCAUGUGGCUGGUAUCGGCUCUCUCUGCCUUUCUCACCUCGGCUCUGCUGCUGGAACCUCUCAAGGUGUGUGUGCAGGCCUUGAUCUACACAGCGCUGUGGAGGCCUGUGGAUCCGGAGGUGGAGGACCAGCUGGCUCAGGAGACCACUGUGGUGAGGGCAUUUGGAGAGCAUGGCGGGAAGGUUCGGCCACCAUGUGGCUACGGGCUGCUACAGGCUAAAGAGGAGGCCCGCAAAGUCCGAGCUCUGCGAUCACUUAUGAGGCACUGUGUGUGCCAGCUGUUAUUUCUGUUGCUGGUGCUGAUGGUGAACUACCAGGACAGCGUAGAGCAGAGGCAGGGCAGGCUUCUGCACUCUGCUGUCAGGCGCCGUCUUCACACAGCACCCUUGGGGGUCCCUAACCUCACCUCACUCCGAGACUGGUCAGAUGCAGAGCAGUGGAUCAACCACACCUUGGUGCCACACCUACACCAAAACCCUACACUGCGCCUUGUUGGAUUGCCACGGCUGCAGUACACACAUACUCUCAGUCCUCUGGCAGGGGUCUUUCUGGGAAACAGCAGUGUAACAACACACCAGCUCCUAGCUGAGCUGCACAUUGCAGACUGGUGCAAGAAACAGUUCAAAACGCUUUCUGUCGGCUUCACACACUACCACAGAGAGUCUGGUUUAUUUGUGUGUGUGUCCAUACAACUAGAGUGGGCUCAGACACAGGGAGUCACCCCCUUUCUCUCCAUCUGUCCACUCCUUCUUCCAUCAUCCUUCUCUGGACAGGAGCUGCAGGUGGCACUUGCGGUUCUUCUUCUCAUCUCUGCUCUUCUCAUCUUGUUCGGCGAACUUUGGUCCUUGGCUACUGAGCGUGCCCAGUAUCUGCGACAAUGCAGACACUGGUUCCAGCUUCUCCUGGCCUUGUUGUCCCUGGCAACAGCUAUCCUGCAGCUCUGCUUCCUGUCCCAGGCCACUUUAUGUGUUUCCAAGCUUCGGUCCCAACCAGACAACUUUGUCAACUUCCACAGUGCUGCCCUACUGGCGCAGAGGUAUUCUCAGUGUGCGGCUGUCCUGCUCACUCUACUUGUUCUUAAGCUGCUGGGAACCUUGAGGUUUGUGCGGAGAUGGGUGGGGUUAGGCAGAGUGCUGCAGAGAGCCUGGAGGGAGAUGUGGACUCUGACUGUCCUACUGCUGUUGCUGCUGCUGCUCUGCACUCACCUCGGAAACACGCUCUUCUCCCGUUCAGUGGAAGGUUUCCUGUCAGUACAUCAGACCGGUGUCUCAGUGCUGUCCAUCCUUCGUGGCCGGAGGGCUCUCCAAAGACUAUGCAGGGUCCACCCAGUCCUGGGCCCUCUUUAUGGGCUACUACUGAUGGGGGGAAGUGUUUGGCUCUUGGCCAGACUCUGCGGAGCUUUUCUCAUCCGUACAUACAGGUACACAAUGGCAGAGCAGGCUGAGCUGUACCGUCCAACCAUUGAACCUCAGGACUAUGAGAUGGUGGAGUUCUUCAUCAAGAGACUCAAGCUGUGGAUGGGACUCACCAAAGCUAAAGAGUUCAGGCACAGGGUGAAGUUCGAAGGUAUGGACAUCCCUCCUUCCAGGUCCUCACAGGAAUCCUGUCUCUCCACCUUGUCUUCCACCCUCCCUUCUACCCACUCUCCUUCCCUGUCCUCCUCAUUUUCAUCCCCCCGUCCCCUGUCUUCGGCUCUCUCCAUGAGGUCUGAGGACUCAUCAGUGCCCGAGCCUGGGUUUGACGUCCAGCCUUACCUGGACUGCCUGCUGCCCUGCGUCAGUGCACUGCUAUCUCGUUUUGAUCAGGUCAAUCAGAUAACUGAGGACAUUCACAACCUGGAAAUGAAAUUAGAAGAGGCUCAGACAAGAAGAAGGAAGAUGUGGAUCAGUAACGAGAACAAAGGUGCAGAGAGAUUUGGAAAGUCAGCAAAGCCAAAGGAACUGGUAAGAGAAGAAAGGGAAACAGCAGAAGUUAGACACAGGAAGACAGGUCUUCUUUACCCCAAGCCACGAGUCUCCCUUCCCUCCUUGUUUUCUUUAACUCCCUCCGCACUUCAAUACUCCGCUGCAUCGAUCUACAUCUUUCCUCGUACACAUAGCACCUACUCUGAGUCUGAAUCAGUACCAUUCCAGCCUCAGGCAUCUAGUGACAACCAUACUUCUGAAGCAGCCAAGCUUGCAUCUGGAAUAUGUGGUUUGUAUCCUGCAGGUUCUCCUGGAUUUGACAGGUUCCCCAGGAGGAGAGCUUGGCAUUCUGGGAGCUCUCAUUCAGCUGAUGCAGCUCAGAGGAUCUUCCUGACCCAAGGAAUGGGUCCAUGUGGCAAUGGAGGAGAACAUUUAGCAUUCAAUAAAACCAGACCCAGGAGUGAAGAAGGGGUAAGAAGGCAUAUCAGUGACGGAGUCCCUGUGAAGAGGAAAGCUUGGAUCUCUGAAGGAUCAGAGACUGAGCAAGACUAACCAUGUAGUUACAGUGGAAGUGAACUUAGUUGAUAGAUCCUAUUCUCACUGAAUCUGUGUAGAGGCUCUGACUAGAUUUCUGUAGUACAAAGUGUUGCAAACCACUGUAUUUGUUACUUGGCAUUAAAAGGACUCUGAAUUUGCACAUAAAAAUCAAUUUACUUGUCAUGGGGAGUACUACUCAGCCUGUGAAAAUAGUUGCAUAAUGUUUUCUGUGGUUCUGGAGGAGUUUUGUCAAGUCUGAGAAAAUAACCCCAGACAAUGCCAUCAGGGUUAUCUCGGCUUAGGCUUUGAGACUCUGAUUAAAAACCAAAAAGCAAAGCCUGUUUAAUCUAGGGGUGUGGACUUCGAAAGAUGUGGGCAUUUACCAAUGAGAGAGAGUCAAGUGAAAGUCGCUAUUGCCGCUACCAUGGGAUCUUACACUUACCACAACUGUAAGAUCCUGCGUUUUGCAGCUUGACCUGUAAAGGGACUAAAAGUUAGGAUAUCUUGGACUUGAUUUUGACCAUUCUGGCAAGUCCCACAAUACUAAAUCGCUGGAGUACCAUUUAACAUAUUCCUCCAGAAAACAAAACUAGUUCAGGGCUUACCAUCAACACCAUUUAUGGACUGAAGCUGUUCUUCGAGCAUUUAUGAUAUUUCUGUAAAGUCUUCUAGUAUUCCAAAGAAAAACAAGCAAGAAGCUUUGAGUAGGAGUAAUAAACUUUUCCAUUUUGAAGUGGUCACUAACUAUUUCACAUAGAAAAGGAGUUUCUAGCAAACUACACUUGCACGUAUGACAUUUAUUGAAUCAGUCCAUCAAACAAACUUUUCAAGUUCAAUGUCUUUAUUUGUCAUAUGCACAACAAUUACACUGAAGCAGUUGUUUGCAUGAAAUUCUUGUUCUCAGGUUCCCUCCAACUUGUACAAAAUGUAUGAAAAGAAAGUCACGCAAGUAAAAAAAGAGAAUCUAAGAGAUAAGACAUAAAAUAGUGCAGAUGUUAAAAUAUAGGAAUAAAAUAUAAUAUAUAUAGAAUUUACUUUGCUACAAAAUAUUGACCUUGAUUUUCUAACCCCAGUAAUUAUUUAAGCCAAAAAACCUGAUGACCAUCCACAUAAAGACAGACAGAUGUUGGUAAGCCAAGUUCUUAUACUCUGAGUAAAGAAAGAGAGAAAAGGAAAGUAAUUAAUGUAAUAUUUGUAAAAAUUGAACACUGUUGUCUUUGUACAUGAUAUUGUUCCUUACAAUACUGCAUGUCUGUAACUGCAUUUAUAUGCUGAUAUACUUUUGUAAGAGACUGUGGAUAUUUUAGUCUACAGAUGAAUAAAGACAAGUGACCAUGUGGUCUGAAAGUC